AUCACCAUCCCAUAUUUCUCUCAGCCAUGUUAAUGUCAGCUUCGUGUUGGUAAGCUGUGUUGUCUAUUAAUCAAACCCAACAUAUUUGGGCAUUCUUUUUUACGAUUUAAGCUGAUUUGGGCCCCUUUACUGUCCAAAUUACAGCAACGAAGAUGACAUCUAAAGUGAAAGUGGGGAAGGCCGGCUCAAAGAAUAAGGAGGACGCUCCUUAUGAGUUGGAGAGUCAGUUUGUCCUGAGGCUUCCUUCGGAGUACGCCUCGACAGUAAGAAGGAUUGCACAGUCAAGCAGCCAGAACAUUAAAGACAGACUCACCAUCGAGUUGCAUCCUGAUGGUCGUCACGGCAUAGUGCGAGUCGACCGCGUCCCUCUGGCCUGCAAACUGGUGGAUCUGCCCUGUAUGAUUGAGUCUCUGAAAACCGUGGACAAGAAGACAUUUUACAAGACUGCAGAUGUCUGCCAGAUGCUGGUAUGUACACUAGAUGGAGACCUUUACCCUCCUUUAGAGGAGCCAACUGGAACCGACCCCAAGAGCAAGAAGAAGGACAAAGAUAAGGACAAGAAAUUUGUUUGGAACCACGGCAUUACUUGCCCCCUGAAGAACACACGCAAGAGAAGAUUUAGGAAAACUGCAAAAAAGAAGUACAUUGAAUCUCCUGAUGUGGAAAAGGAGGUGAAGAGAUUGCUGAGCACAGACGCUGAUGCUGUCAAUGUUCGGUGGGAAAUCAUCGCAGAAGAUGAGUCCAAGGAAGGCGAUCAGCACGGCUCGCUCGCCAAUCUGGACUCCUCGCCCGGCACCUCGGGACACAAGAUGGGUCAUGGAUCCUCUGCCCAGCGUGACGAACUGAGGGAGAUCUUCAACGACAUCAGCAGCUCCAGUGAGGAUGAGGAGGACGAAGGGGACCGGCACGAGGACGAGGACCUGAACAUCAUGGACACGGAGGAUGAUCUGGUUCGACAACUCCAGGAGAAACUCAACGAGGCGGAUUCUGCACAGCAUGAAAGUGAUAGGAACAACCAGAUAGUUAUGGAGUAUCAGGUGCAGAUCAACAGCGUCAGGGGCAAGCUGCAGGACACCCGCGCCCGAAAGAAACAGCAGGAGGAGCUCAUCAUGAAAGUGGAGAACCAGGCCCUCAAAAACCGCUUCCAAGCUUUGUUGGAUGAGAUUAUUCUGCAGGAGGAGCGGGAGAUGGAGCAGCUGGCCUCCCUGCAGGAGCAGCUGGACUCUCUGAUAGAGAAGUGACCACCAGGGGGCAGCCUCCUGUCGUCUUCAGCCUCUCUCACACACACACACUCAUGAAGAGGAAGAGGAGAAUAGUCUUCAUCAGGGAGGAGGGAGUCUUUAUUAGCUUACUUGCUGUGUCAUUUCCUUGCAGUACAUACGUUUUCUGUAUUAAGUCAAUAUUUGUAUCAGGUUGACACCGUGUGUUGUUUAUGACUGUAUGAUGUGAGUAUUUAAUUGGUUUCAGCUGUAAAAAUAUUUGUUUUUCCAUCUUAAACUUAACUUUUGUGUAUUUCACCACCUGUAUGAAGAAUAAAUGACAGUGAUACAAAGUGAA